UCGAAUUCUACUCUUGCUAAGAAUUUUAUUUCUAGUAUUUUCUUCUCGCAAUAAGUUUUUUUUUACAGUUUUUUAAGAUACUUGUAGCAGCAAAACUGACGAUCAAAUUUAUUUGAGAUAUUAUUCUAGAUUCAGUUUAAAGACUGUGUUUUAAAUUCGGCACGCAGUUUAUAGAAUUAAAAAAAAUAUUUAUAUAAUUGACAUAAAAAUAUUAUUAAUUAUCAAGAUCCACUUUCAUCGAAAAAUAAUAUUUUUCUUUUUAUUUCUCGCGUUAUUCAUAUAUCAUCUAAUACUCCAAUUUAUUAUUUUACUUUUAGCGUUCGAAAAACUGCUUAUAUAAUAAAUUUUAGAAUGAUUAAUCGCAGUGAUUUGAAAUAUAUUUAUUAUAUAAAAAGUAAUUUCUAUCGUAAAGAAUCAAAUGUUCUACAAGUAACAAUCAAAUCCUGAGAAUAUAAUAAUAAGUUGAAGUAUUAAAUAAUUAUUUUGUUAUUAUUAUAAGUACAACGUACGAAACGUUAUUUGUUAUAAAUAUUAUUUGAAUUUUAUAGAAAAUAAGCUUGAUCGUUCGAUUUGAUUUGGAUCUUUAAGUACAUAUUGAAUUCUCCUGGCAACAUUGGUAGAAACGAGCACGUAUCACGCUAGGCCAACUUUUCCCAUAGUCGAGUUUCAAUUUACUUUCUGCAUUUCACGUCGCGUAAUCGCGCCCGGUCGAUCGCCGCUGAAAAGUUAACGAUACGAUUAGUCAGCUCCGUUCCCAGGCGCCGAUAAUCAUGCGAGCGCGUGCCGCGUACGAUUCCUGUGUGAACUUUAUCGUGAUCGCACUCCUCCCCCCUUCACUCUCGCUCUUUCUUUCCCUUGCGAACGACCCCCUUUCCGCACUCCCGACACGCGUGAAUUUCUCCGCGACGUAUGCACGAGCGUGCGAACGCAGAGGGGGGGUUGGCUGGCCCACGCGAGGGUGGCAUCGAAGUGAUUUCAUGGUGACGCGCGUCUACCUUUUCGAGAGGAUUGGGGAGAAGGUAUCCGGCUGAUUGUCUUACCGAGUCUUUCAACUUUAUUACUCGUUCUCCCCGUCUCUCUCUCCCUCGAGGGAAUAAAGACAGGGACCCCUCAUUUGCGGAAAUAUUGUAGGGAUUCGAGAACGAUGAAGUACUCCGAAGCGAAUAAAAUCUUGGUACAUGUGAGCGAAACUUCGUGAUAAACUAGAAAAAACUUGGAAAUUUACAGUUUAACAAGCGUAUUUAAAGUUAAUUUGAAACUAAAAAAGACUUAACGGAGCAAUAUUUUACGUACAAACUUUUUAUAGAGUCUGUCAAGCAAGAAGCAUUGCGCUGCUCUGUAGAAGAUACAAGUGAUAAUCGUACCCUUUAAAAAGAAUAUCGGGAGAAACGAUAAUCUGAAAACGAUGGGAAUUCACGCAGCCUUGGAAAAGGACCGUUUCCGGUUUCUUUCUUCUCGCACAUCCGCUGACGGCCAAGCAGCGGACGAGAAGAUCGCUUCCUCCUCGGUCUCCUUGACCGAGUGUGCAGGAUCCGGCCAGGCAGUCGCACAAUCAAGGGCCCACACGCUCGUACACACGCACGCACGCACGCACGCACGCACGCUCGCACACGAGUCGCCGCGGACGUUCCCACGAAAGUCGCCCCUCCCGAUUUACGCGUUCCCCCUUCGGCGGGCAACCCUCUCGCUCUCUCUCUUUCUCUCUCGCGUGCGGGGUGCUUUUCACCUCGGACGAACGCACGAGUGCCCCUCCGGUACCCCACUCCCCAUCCCGAGGGUGCACACCUCCGAUCAUCCCCACCAGGAUCGCCGAUACACCACGCGGUCGUGUGUCGUCCCUGCGUCCUCCCGCACACGACAUACGUCGGCCGCCACGCGACCAGUGCACACGCACAUCCUGCAGCAGCAGUAGCAGCAGCAGCAGCAGUAGCAGCAACGAAGCACCUACACGGCAGCAGCAGCGGCGGCAGCCGAGAGUGCGUUCCAGCCAGUCGCGCUUCUUCCUCCACGAGCACGCACGCGACCGCGAACGACGUCGCGGGUAGCCGCGGCACGUGGGCGCUGAUAAACUCCCGCCGCCGCCGCCGCCGCCACCGCCGCAAGAGACAAGUGUGCCGAAGGACACCGAGUGCUCCUUUCGCCGUACGGAAACCACAUCCCGCCGCGCAGCACUAACCUUCCGCAAGAUUUAGCCGCGCGGGUUUCAUCAAAAAAAAAAAAAAAAAACGUCGUCGGGGUGGAAAGUUGCGCGACCUUUAAUCAUCCGUGAAGAAAUUAUUUCAAGUUCAAGACCUUCCAGGAUUGGAUUUUUUUCCGGGAUUCGGGAAUUCUGCCAAGCGUGUUGAUCAUCGUUUUGCCAUCUUUUCUUGUGCAGCUGCUACACCGUCGUGCAUUCAACAAUUCAUCAUUCGGAAUUUUAUGGGCCUUGUAAACAUUUUUAUAUCGGUCGUUAAAUCAUAGUUACUCGGAGAACAUCAGGAUUAAUCGUAAACAUAAACUUGGUAAAGUUAAAAUAAUUUUGAAUCGCUGAUAAGAAAAGACGAAGGAACGCUACGUCAUGCUCAUCCGAUGAUAAUAGUUCCAAUCAUCAGUGCCACUUGAGUGCGACUUCCUUGGCCGGUUACAACGAUCGAUCGACGCGGCCGAUGCGUAUCAAGGACUGCUGACGAUCAUUCUUCAUUGUUCCAACCGCAAUGCGACUGCAAUGACAUAUCGCUCGUGCAUCGUUAUGGCAUCAAUAUAUCGCAUUAGGCGGUAGCGUACGGUCAGUCGACUCUGAGCGUCUCUUCGUGUCCUUAUACGGGCCUACUUAUCGAUCGCAUCGAUCCGUUCAUCCAACCCGACGACUCUCCUUCUCGGACGCAACAUGUGGCGGGUAGUGGUCGCGCGUUCCGACGACAACAGCACUCUGCUGUCCUCCGAGAUCACUUCCGGCGCGGUCGCGCCUAGUCACCUGUCGACGCUAUCGGCGCCUCCGUCGGGUCACCAUUGGGGUUACCCGCCGCCGCCGCAUCAUCCGCCGUAUCAGCCUCCGCCGCAGCACCCGGACAUGCGUCACCAUCACGACAUGCGUCCACCCGCCACCCACGGCGAGCUGCGGCACGCCAUCGCGACCCCCGGCGAUCUCAGGAGUCAGGAAUUGCGACACGAGAUGCAGCGGCAGGACCUGCGACACCCGACGGAGAUGCAGAGGCAUCAAGAGGUGCAGAGGCACCAGGAGCUGUCCAGGCAUGACAUCUCCAGGCACCAGGACAUACCAGGCAUGAGGCCAGAGAUGCCGGAGCUCCGUUCUAAUCACGAGUUUUUGGAACUAAAGAUCGAUACCGAAUUGAGGAAUCAAGACAGUGGUCAGCAACAGCAACAACAGCAGCAGCAGCAGCAGCAGCAGCAACAGCAGCAGCAACAGUCGCAGCAAAAUCAGGGGCAUCAGCAGAGGAACAUGAAGAGAACUAUGAGCGACUCGGACUGCGAUGAUGUAUUCUCGGAGGAAAGCGGCAAAGAACCAUGCAACUCGCCCGGCGGAGACUCAUGCCAGCACGCGUCGCGGAAACGCAGGAGGGGGAUGAUCGAGAAGAAGCGGCGCGACAGGAUCAACGCGUCCCUCGGCGAGCUCAGGAGAUUGGUCCCGGCGGCAGCGAGGGAUCCACACAGCGGAAAGCUGGAGAAGGCCGAAAUUCUGCAGCUCACCGUCGAGCAUCUGCGCACGCUUCGCAGUAAGGGACCGGAGGGUUACGACAGCACGAAACUGGCUAUGGAUUACCAUGCAGUGGGCUGGGGCGAGUGCGCCGCGGAGGUAGGUCGUUACCUGGUGACCAUGGAGGGUCUCGAUGAGAGAGAUCCCCUACGGCUGCGCCUGUUGUCGCACCUGCAGAGCUUCCAUCGCGAACACCCGCCGUCGGCCGUGCCUUCGGCGGUGCCGCCGGCCGCCACGACGUUGACGUCCACCUCUACUGCCAGCAGUUACGAACCGCCGGCGAGCACGGUCUCCACCGGGAUGCCGCCUGGUCCAGGUACCAUGCCGCCGCUUUUGGGCGGCGGCACCCUCGGCUGGGGCCAGUACCCGGGUCAGUAUCCCCAGCAGCAACACGGGAAACCCUACCGACCUUGGGGCGCGGAACUUGCGUACUGACCGUGAAACAUUGACGCAAUCGAUAAAGGAAUUCGGCGCAAGAGUGGUAUAAUUCGGCGUAGAUAACGUUCUAACGUGCUCUCAUACAAUUCUCCUUUUCCUUUUAUAAAAUUUUAUACAUGAAAUAUGAUAUUAAACGUGAAUAGCGCUCGGGAGACUGUAUAUAUCUGUGUACUUCCACGGAGGAGGAUGUAUCAAUUAUACUGCUCUUUUGCCGAUCCUUUUAUUUAUAAGAAUUAAUUGCAGCGACAUGUUAACAAUUCGCGCUCAUGUUAACAAGUCAGUUGUUUUUUUUUCGAGAAUUUGUUAAUAGUAAAGUAUACGAUUUGUAAUACGAGUAUUUUUACGAUUAGCGGAUAUAUCGUUACAGCAUGGAACAAGAGCAACGUGAGCGGCGAAUUUUGCCGUUUCCAUGUACAUACAUUUUGUAAAAUGUUUUGACACUCCCAACAUAUCUCAGGAACUUCCACAACGAGCAAAUCUAUAUAUAUAUAUUUUUUUUUCAAUAUAUUUUCAAUGAGUGAGAUAAUGAUAGUCAUGCGGGUAAUUAAAAAGAAGAAUAUUUAUUGAUAGAAAAAAAUCGUGUAUAUAAAUUGUACAUACGUUUUUGUAAAUAAUGAGAAUUUGUAAUUUUACUGGACAUCUCGUAAACAACUAUACCGAUAUUUUUUUUUACUCAACGCCUCGUUUAUCUCGUUCGCGCUCGUCGCGGCGUGAUAAGCGAUUGCGUGAGCAUGUAAAGUCCAACGCCAAUAAAAAGAAAGGAAAAAGAAAAGGAAGAGAAACGUCAUACGCAACGUGCCAUUACGCAUUUCAGUAUAUUCCGUGUGGGAGAAAACCAAGUAUUUUUGCAAUACGAUUUUGUAAUAAAGAGCGAUAACACAAAGAAUACAAAUA